AUCACAGACAUGUUGUCUCAGACCACACCAAUCACAGACAUGUUAUAGAAUUAGAUCCCAUCCUUGACACUGAGUUGAAAUAGAGUUUGAUUCCCUCCCUGACCAUGAGUUGAUAUAGAGUUUGAUUCCCUCCCUGACCAUGAGUUGAUAUAGAGUUUGAUUCCCUCCCUGACCAUGAGUUGAUAUAGAGUUUGAUUCCCUCCUUGACCAUGAGUUGAUAUAGAGUUUGAUUCCCUCCCUGACCAUGAGUUGAUAUAGAGUUUGAUUCCCUCCCUGACCAUGAGUUGAUAUAGAGUUUGAUUCCCUCCUUGACCAUGAGUUGAUAUAGAGUUUGAUUCCCUCCUUGACCAUGAGUUGAAAUAGAGUUUGAUUCCCUCCCUGACCAUGAGUUGAAAUAGAGUUUGAUUCCCUCCUUGACCAUGAGUUGAUAUAGAGUUUGAUUCCCUCCCUGACCAUGAGUUGAUAUAGAGUUUGAUUCCCUCCUUGACCAUGAGUUGAAAUAGAGUUUGAUUCCCUCCUUGACAGAGGUGGUGUUGUCCUUGUUGUUUCUUCCAGGACUACGCGGAGAAGGAGAGGACGACGACCAUGGCCAAGGCCUUGGAGGACCUGAAGGCCAACUUCUACUGUGACCUGUGUGACAAGCAGUACUACAAGCAUCAGGAGUUUGACAACCACAUUAACUCUUAUGACCAUGCUCACAAACAGCGGCUAAAGGAGCUGAAGCAGAGAGAGUUUGCCCGGAAUGUGGCCUCUAAAACCAGGAAGGAUGAGAGGAAACAGGAGAGGGCACUCCAGAGGUUACAUGAGCUCGCCGAACAACGCAGAGAGGUCCAAUGCGCUCCAGGCAGUGGCCCCAAGUUCAAGUCUACUACUGUAGCUGUGGACGCCAGCUGCAGAGAGACUGAUGGACUGUCAGAAGAGAGCCACAACUCCACCGUGCUGGAGACCGGCACCCACAACCACACCACAGGCACCAGCACUGGCCUGGCCUCCAACAGCAAGACCCAGCAGACAUCGUACUGGCCCUACAAUGGCAAGGCCAAGAAACAAACCUACAAAAGGCACAAGAUCGCCUUCUCGUUCUCAUUCCCAAAGAAAGCAUCGGUGAAGCUGGAUUCUGCAGCGGCCGUGUUCUGUGAGAACACUGAGGAGGGUUCCAAAGAACGUACCGGAACACGGAAGCUCAGAAUUCCCCUCGUUGAGCUGAACGUCCCUGUUUCAACCACUGCAGAGGAGAAAGGACGGGAUUUUGCGGGUGUGGAGAUUAACGGCACUAAGCCUGGCGAUCUUAGCCCUAACGGUGUUAGUGAGGGGAGCCAGAAGUCAUCAGAUACACUGUCCAGGUCUGACAUCCCCAUGCCUCCACAGGCAUCACGUCUGUAUUCUGUGCUGGUUAACUCUGAGGUCAUCGCCAGACAUUAUGUGUCCUCUGUCUCCCAAUUACCUGCAUCCCUUUGUCAUAUUCCCCUAGAUGACCCAGACACAGUAUUGGAUACACAGAACUCUGAGGAAACUCAGAGAAACGGCUCAACAGAGGCUGAACCGGAAACAUGCAAACAGCAACAAGUGCAUAAAGUAGAAGGGAGUGUCUCGGGGGAAGAACACUUCUCCAUUAGCAGUUCUGAUGGUCCCCCUGAGAACGUCUCCUCCUCCUCCUCUCAGUCCUCUGAGCGUCCUGGGACUGCGAGAGAGAAAAGAGAAGACAUUACGGUGGUGGUGAAGACCCUGUCGUGUCCUUUCACCAAGCCCAGUCAGCCGUUCUUCUCUGUGCUCAGCAAAGAUGGAUACACUGUUCUCCAAUGGCCUUCAGAGAUGCUGACCUUCACCAGGACAGAGCCCUGUCUCUCCUACAGCUGCAAUCCACUCCAUUUUGACUUUAAGGCCUCGCAGCAGUCGCAGAGCAGGGCGAAGGUUCGUACUGGUGACAGUCAGAGUAAGACGGAGCCGAGGUUAUCUGAGACGUUGUGUAUCGGCUCAACCUCUGUCUGUUCUGAGGAACUAAUAGACAACAAGCACAACAAAGAGGCCUACUCAAGGCCAGACCAUCAUAUCCCUAUCAGAGAUGACAGGGAGACAGUGGAGAGGAAGGAUUGUCUCAUAUGUGAUCAGCACAUGAGUGACAUAGACACAGAAAUCUGCAACUUGCAACUGAAGAGACACAGCAGAGGUAAAUCUAGUAGUCAGUCAAUAGAUCAGACUGGCAAGAGAGCAGCAGGCAUCAAGAAAUGGAAAUCCAGAGACCGGCGCCAUUACAGGAGCCACAAGAAGAAGAAGAGAAGGAGAAGGAGGAGAGGAGGAUAUGAGGAAGAGAGGCACAGAGAGACUGAGACGGAUGGAGGUGUGGAGAGCGAUGCAGAGAAAUGCAACACAUUCCAGAGACCGUCAGAGUGUUGGGAAGGACUUGAUAGCCAAUUUAGAGGCCCCACUUCACAGCCAUUAGAGAAGUCAAAGCAAUCAGCUCAAAAUCAGGCUGACAGCGGCCACGCUGCUCCCUCUGCCACAGAGGACACGGAGAGAGAGAGGGUGAAAAGAGAGGAGGAGAGGGAGAAAGAGAGAAGCAGACAGGAAACAGCAGGCAGGGUAAGCGGAUCAGCGGGCAGCCACAGUCUCUGUGAUGAGGGCGCCACGGAUUCUGAAAAGGUGUUCGGGAGCGACGGCAGGAGAGACCCAGUCGAUCCAUCAACAGAACAGAGAAACGCUGCAGGACACGGCUCACAGAGCUCACAGAGCCACGACAAACCCUGCACAGAGAACCCCGCUGGGGCUGUUAGACAAAAACGAACCAUGGUGAUGACACAUCUGUCACCACAAAGCACAGGGACCAUUACCCAAAAACCAAGCAUGACUAAAUCCCUUUCACCAGAGAGCUGUGGUAAAGACUGUUGUUGUAUCGGACAAUCGUUGAGAAGGAAGCGGACAGCAUCAUCUUUGCUUGAUGCUGAUGAGCAAGGCUUUGACCACCAGGUCCCAUGCACCAAGUGUCAGUCACCUGUAAUGGUAGAGCCCAAUGGGCCAGAUGGUUCAAUGGUUGAGGGGGGGUCCUCUUGGUCUGUCUGUGUUUCCUGUGGUGGGGCGGGGAGACAGAGGAAGAGACAGAGAGGGGACAGUUAUGCUCCUCACAUCUCAGACCCUCUUGUAGGUCACAAUGUUCACAUCUCAGACCUUCCUGUAGAUCACAAUGUUCACAUCUCAGACCCUCCUGUAGGUCACAAUGUUCACAUCUCAGACCCUCCUGUAGGUCACAAUGUUCACAUCUCAGACCUUCCUGUAGGUCACAAUGUUCACAUCUCAGACCCUCCUGUAGGUCACAAUGUUCACAUCUCAGACCCUCCUGUAGGUCACAAUGUUCACAUCUCAGACCCUCCUGUAGAUCACAAUGUUCACAUCUCAGACCCUCCUGUAGGUCACAAUGUUCACAUCUCAGACCCUCCUGUAGGUCACAAUGUUCACAUCUCAGACCCUCCUGUAGGUCACAAUGUUCACAUCUCAGACCCUCCUGUAGGUCACAAUGUUCACAUCUCAGACCUUCCUGUAGGUCACAAUGUUCACAUGGCAGAACCUCCUGUGGAUGUACAGUCUGAUGACAGAUGUAAGAUGAACGUCCAGAAUCUAAUGAAUACGGAUGUAGAAUACCCUGUUGCUAAAGGUCCACUGGCCAGCUGUAGUGCCCCAAGUCAGCCAGCUGUAGAGCACAGUAGUAAGCCAAUGGGAGGCUCUCCUCGGCUCCAGAUUCAGAACAAUGUUCCCAGCAUCAAAGAAGACAGUUCUUCCUCUCCGUCUCUACCUGGGCCUGUACAAGAUCCCCCAAAUCCCCCAGAAAAAAUCAGUAUUACUAAUGAAAACAAACACAUCACUAUUUGUCUCCAAAACUCUCCCAAUGUUUCUCUCCCGAUCAUGGUACAUAAUCUAGAAAUGGGCAACAAUGGAGAAGAUUGUAUAACAAGACAAACAGUGACAGUAGCAGCUCAUGUCAGUCCACUGGGUGCGAGAGAGAUCACCCCUCCAUUCAUCACUUCACAGAGGUUUCAGAUACAGAAUACGGGCCCGGAUAAGUCCUGUCAGCAUAGUUUCCAGAGCUACCCCAACCAACAGAGGUGCCACAGCCCCCAGCCUCCCCAGGGUCAUACCCAGCACCAGAGGUGUUAUCCUGGGAUUAGGGUUAAUGACGAGAUGGGGAUCAGGGAGGGCCUGAGGCCAGGAGGCCUUAACAUUACAGGCAGCCUGUGUAGUCCCUAUCAUAGACCCGCUAGCCCUUUCCACAAUCACAGACCUCCGAGUUUCCAUCCGCAGCACCCGUCUGACGGCAUGGAGAAACACCACUGUGUCCUUCAAAUCCAGACCCAUAGACACAUCCUCCAUCACCAUCGGCAACACCAGGUGUUCCCAGGGAAGAUGAAGCCUGUCCUGCCUGGGUCUCCUGUCCCCAUGUCUCCCUCCUGUCCUCCCAUGCUCCACCCCGUCCACCUGUCUCCCGUGCCUAACGGGUCCAUCACCAUUCUCCACCACCAGCACCACCAUGCCUACCACCAUGCAGCCUUCCUGCCCCCUCAUCCCCAGCCCCCUCUCUUCCCCCAGGUCCUGCCAGUCCCAGUCAGCCGCCGGCCUAUGGGAGCAGAUAUGUGUCCCCCUGGACCUUCUCCCUUUCUUACCUCAACACCGCAUCUCUCUGUUGUGGCCCCGCCCAGUUUACAUCACCACCCGAUGGCAGUGACGUUCCACGCCAUGCCCCGCCCAACCAUGUUCCCUCCCUCGAUGCUUCAGUCACACCCACAUCCCACCGUCAUCCCACUGCAGCCCAUGUUUUAAGACAUUGUAUCCCCACUUGCAGCCCAUGUUUUAAGACAUUGUAUCCCCACUUGCAGCCCAUGUUUUAAGACAUCACAUCCCCAGUGCAGCCCAUGUUUUAAGACAUCACAUCCCCAGUGCAGCCCAUGUUUUAAUACAUCACAUCCCCACUUGCAGCCCAUGUUUUAAGACAUCACAUCCCCACUUGCAGCCCAUGUUUUAAGACAUUGUAUCCCCACUUGCAGCCCAUGUUUUAAGACAUUGUAUCCCCAGUGCAGCCCAUGUUUUAAGACAUCACAUCCCCAGUGCAGCCCAUGUUUUAAGACAUCACAUCCCCAGUGCAGCCUAUGUUUUAAGACAUUGUAGCCCAUGUUUUAAGACAUCACAUCCCCAGUGCAGCCCAUGUUUUAAGACAUCACAUCCCCAGUGCAGCCCAUGUUUUAAGACAUCACAUCCCCAGUGCAGCCCAUGUUUUAAUACAUCACAUCCCCACUUGCAGCCCAUGUUUUAAGACAUUGUAUCCCCACUUGCAGCCCAUGUUUUAAGACAUUGUAUCCCCACUUGCAGCCCAUGUUUUAAGACAUUGUAUCCCCACUUGCAGCCCAUGUUUUACGACAUUGUAUCCCCACUUGCAGCCCAUGUUUUAAGACAUUGUAUCCCCACUUGCAGCCCAUGUUUUAAGACAUUGCAGCCCAUAUUUUAAGACAUUGUAUCCCCACUUGCAGCCCAUGUUUUAAGACAUUGCAGCCCAUGUUUUAAGACAUUGUAUCCCCACUGCAGACUAUUCAAUCAUGUUUCCUUUUGUUGCUUCCAACAAAACAUGUAAUUUACUUCCAGCUCAUACUUUUUUCCCAUGUAGUUAUGUCAUUAUCUUCCUGUAACAUCCCAACCCUGUUGUAUCAGUGGAAAGGCUUCUGUAGUAUUCAGAGUGAUAAGUGCUUUUCAUGAAGACUACACUAGACAGAAAUAUUUCCUUUGGAGAGACAAUCAAGCAUAACUAAAGAAUUAAGACGUGUGUGUAUGUGCACAUUUAAAAAUAAAAUAAACAGUGUGAUGUAGAAACUGUCCCAGGCAGAUUCAUUAUUAAAGUCUGUGGUAUUCUAUAGUCUGUUGUUUUGUUUUUUGUUUUUCCAGUCACUUCAAUAGUCUACAUUUGGGCAUUUUAAUGCAAUUCUAAUUCAAUUAAACAUGAACACACACACACACACACACACACACACACACACACACACACAAUAAAGUGUUGUAUCUGGUGUAAUAGCACGUGUCGAUGACGUUCACUCUACGUUCAUUUUUGCUUUCCUAAAUGAUGACAAUUCAUUCAUGUAACAUUUACCCCUGAGUUGAUCCAGAUCCUACAGUAUAAAUUCUAUUUUACAGCCAUCCCUCCUUAGUUUCUGAAUAAGAAACACAACUAAUAUGGUCGGUUCUGAUGACUUCGAUGUUACACAUAUUUGACAUAAAUGUUGACCCCUUUCUGAUUCAGAAGUAGGAUAGCAAAGACACAAUGGGUUAAAAUGUCUAAUCAACUAGUUUUCUUUUGUAUAAAACAUGACCUAAGUGUCUUUAUAAUCACAUAUCAUAAUAAAAAUGUUUAAAAAAAAACAAAACACAGAUUUGACACGUAAACCUGGUUACCGUGUGGUUUCAAGC